AUGUCAGUUCCAAAAACCCAAAAAGCAGUUAUUUUUGAAAAAAACGGUGGUGAAUUGCAAUAUAAGGAUAUUGCUGUUCCAACUCCUAAGUCUAAUGAAAUCUUGAUUAACGUUAAAUACUCUGGUGUUUGUCAUACUGAUUUACAUGCCUGGAAAGGGGAUUGGCCAUUGGAUACCAAAUUACCUUUGGUUGGUGGUCAUGAAGGUGCUGGUGUUGUUGUUGGUCUUGGGGAAAAUGUUAAAGGUUGGAAAUUGGGUGAUUUGGCCGGUAUCAAAUGGUUGAAUGGUUCUUGUAUGUCUUGUGAAUACUGUCAAAAAUCAAAUGAAUCCAAUUGUCCAGAAGCUGAUUUAUCUGGUUAUACCCAUGACGGUUCUUUCCAAGAAUACGCUACUGCCGAUGCGGUCCAGGCUGCUAGAAUUCCAAAAGGUACCGACUUGGCCCAAGCUGCUCCUAUCUUGUGUGCUGGUAUCACGGUUUACAAGGCCUUGAAGACUGCUCAAUUGAAAGCCGGGGAAUGGGUUGCUGUUUCUGGUGCUGGUGGUGGUUUAGGUUCUUUGGCCAUUCAAUACGCUAAAGCAAUGGGUUACCGUGUUUUGGCCAUUGAUGGUGGUGCCGAAAAGGGUGAAUUCACCAAGUCUCUUGGUGCCGAAGUCUAUGUUGAUUUCACCCAAUCAAAGGAUAUCGUUAAAGAUGUUCAAGCUGCUACUAACGGUGGUCCACAUGGGGUUAUUAACGUUUCGGUUUCUGCUCGUGCCAUGUCUCAAUCAGUUGCUUACGUUAGAUCUACUGGUACCGUUGUUUUGGUUGGUUUACCUGCUGGUGCUAAAAUUGAAGCUCCAGUCUUUGAUGCUGUUGUCAAGUCGGUUUCUAUUAGAGGUUCUUAUGUUGGUAACAGAGCCGAUUCUGCUGAAGCUAUUGACUUUUUCUCUAGAGGUUUGAUUAAAUGUCCAAUUAAAGUUGUUGGUCUUUCUGAAUUACCUCACAUUUACGAAUUAAUGGAACAAGGUAAAAUUUUGGGUAGAUACGUUGUUGACACCUCUAAAUAA